AUCUAGUGAGAGAAAAUAUAAAAUAUGGAUCUCAUUACGUGUAGAUACUUCAACCAUAGUUCAUUUGGAGAAUCUUCAGCAAAAGCAAAUCUUAAAUGUCAUCAAUUUGAUGAUUGGUCCCCCAGCUUCAAUAUCAAGGCUCGGAUGGACAUAGGUAAAUCUCUCGGGGUGGGUAUAACCCAUUCAAUGCCACUUCCAACCCAUAAGAAAGAAAUCUUCAAAUCUAUGGAGAGUUGGGCUAAGACCAAUGUCCUAACCCUCCUCAAACCGGUUGAAACAUCUUGGCAACCGCAAGACCUCUUGCCCCAUCCUUCGUCGGAUGAUUUCCUAGCUCAAGUCCAUGAUCUUAGACAGAUGGCUCGAGAGAUUCCAGAUGACUAUUUCGUGGUUUUGGUCGGCGAUAUGAUCACCGAAGAGGCGCUCCCCACUUACCAAUCCAUGCUCAAUGGCUAUGAAGGUAUACGCGAUGACACCGGUUCUAGUCAAAACUCAUGGGCUGUCUGGAUUAGGGCAUGGUCAGCUGAGGAGAACCGACAUGGAGAUCUUCUCCACAAGUAUCUUUACCUCUCCGGUCGUGUCGAUAUGAAGAGUGUAGAGAAGACUGUUCAGUAUCUUAUCGGCUCUGGAAUGGAUAUCCAAACGGAGAACAAUCCUUACUUAGGAUUUAUUUACACAUCAUUCCAAGAAAGGGCCACCUUCAUAUCUCAUUCAAACACAGCAAAGUUAGCUCAUGGGUAUGGUGAUACAAAGCUAGCUAAAAUAUGCGGUUUCAUAUCGUCAGACGAGAAGCGACACGAAACCGCAUACACGAAGAUUGUGGGAAAGUUGUUCGAGAUUGAUCCAGACGAAACAAUCUUGGCUUUCGCUGCCAUGAUGAAGAAGAAAAUCACGAUGCCUGCUCAUUUGAUGUACGAUGGACACGACCAAGAACUUUUUAACCACUUUUCGGCUGUGGCUCAACGAUUAGGUGUGUACACGGCAAAGGACUAUGCUGAUAUAGUGGAGUUUUUGGUGAAGAAAUGGGAGGUGGAGAAGCUUUGUGGGCUUUCUAGUGAAGGAAGGGAAGCUCAAGAAUUUGUUUGUGGGUUAGGGCCAAGGUUUAGAAGGUUAGCUGAAAGAGCAGAAUCCAGAUCCAAAUCAAGAUCGAGAGCUACAAUAACCUUUCCUUUUAGUUGGAUAUUCAAAAGGGAAGUAGAGGUUUGAGGGUAAUUAAUAGAAUUUUUAUCAUAUUUCCAUGUUUUCAGUUUAUUUUUAUUUUCGUAAAGUACACACCUUUAUAUAUCCUUUCUGUUUAAUUUUCUAAAAUAUCAAAGUUUUUAUACUUUCUACUUGCAUGUAAGCAUAUUGCUAUCAUCUCCUUAUUCUUGUAAUGAGUCAAACAAAAGAAGUUAUUACAAAUUAUUCUUACUUUUAUA